GUGUCCGAGCUUAUUGAACACAUUUUCGACCUGAUAUACACAUGAAGAGAUGUACAUUCUUACAGCGUUGAUGCUGAAUAAUCUUCUUUCAGUCGUGCAAUCAGGAUGGAUUCAUCUGUAUGUGGAGCAAGACAACAAGUGCCCUGGAGCUCAGAUAAACGACGGUCACUUGCCCGUCACGAGUUAUGAAGUGAUAGCAGUCGAUAAAGAGACCAGAGAAACGGACCACAUAUUUCAUUCCACCGAAUGCGGCGGUCACAAGCACAAUUACGGAAAAGAACCUAUGCAAUGGACUUAUGAUUUUAAUAGGAAAAGAUCUGACUACAAAACACACGACGUCGUUAUCGGAAUUACUGUGAUUCGGAAAAAAGGUCGUGCCAACGAGAAUCCUUCAGUCACUGCCUUUUCCCAAAAUGAGACUAAAUGUUUUGAUGGACUCGAGAAACCAGGAACACAUUCCGACUUUUCAUCUAUGUAUCUCGAGGCUCCUUUCCGACCUGGUCCAAUGAGAGUGGAAUUGCUGGAUGAAAAGGGAAAACGUGUGCAUACAUGGUUCGAAUACACACCACCAAGAGAGUGCUAUGCGACCGACAGCUGGAUAGCGAAUGAAGGGCACUAUCUGCUAGAUACGGAAACAAGCACUUGGUAUCCGAUCUAUUUUGACAUUGAUGAAUUUCCGUUCAUAUUCUGAAUGGUUUUAUUCAUUCAAUUUGGCCGUUUUGGGUUUUUUUCGAAAUGCAUUGUUUCGAAUUGUUUGUUGUUGUUUGUUAUAAAUUUUUGUGAGAUGAAGACUCA